GUCGUGCGGCGUGCUAUGGCGGUCACGCUCCCGGAGGUCGUGGAGGAGCUCCUGAGCGAGAUAGCCGCCGCUGUGCGGGACAGCGCGAGAAUUCCCGACGAGCUUCUCUUAUCGCUGAAGUUUGUGUUUGGGUCAUCAGCCAUCCAAGCCUUGGACCUAGUUGAUCGAGAGUCAGUCACUUUAAUCUCAUCACCCAGCGGGAGGCGUGUUUACCAGGUGCUAGGGAGUUCUGGCACAACGUACACGUGUCUGGCUUCCUGCCACUACUGCUCGUGCCCAGCAUUCUCCUUCUCAGUGUUAAGGAAGAGUGACAGCCUGCUGUGUAAGCAUCUUCUGGCAAUUUAUCUUAGUCAGCUUCUGAGGAACUGCCAGCAGCUCAGUGUGUCUGACAAGCAACUGACAGACCUGUUAUUGAUGGAGAGGACACAAGAAGCAUAAAAGAUGUGGCUGGAACAUGGACUUCCAAGACAGAAGCCUAGCAGGAAAUAUUUCACAUCUUCAACGCACAAGGUGGAGGAAUGGGAUGCACUUCCAGACUUGUGACUGUCACUUUGCCCUCACAGGCUGCAGAGGGUGUGUGCGGUUAAGAGCCCUCUAUGAUCUUAAUAUCAACCAGCCUCUGAGCCCCACAGGUAGAAAUCUCCCUGAGUAGAAUUAAAUAGUGUUGACUCAAAUAAAGCCUGAGCCAUGUUGUGCCUGCAA